UAACUUUUGUUUUAACUUUGAAUAAAAUUUAAUAUUUGUUAACAAUAACCUAAUAUUAUAAAUUAAUUGUUAAAUCAUACGAUUUGAAUUAUAAGCUAAACUUAUAUUAAAUGAUGUAAAAAAUUUUUUCUUUCAAUUAAUGGAUAGAGUUCAAUAUAAAUGAUUAAUGACUAACGAUUUUCAUUAAAUUGUUAAUACAACACGCCUCAUGAAACGAUGUAUAGACUAAUAGCGGAUGAUAGUAACAAUAAAAAACGACCACCGAAUCCAAGAACAAACGCUAAUGCUUUUGAAGUUCUUACAUUUAGUUGGAUAUUAAAUCUAUUCAAAGUUGGACUGAAAAGAGAUUUAGAAGAAAAUGAUUUGUACUCGCCAUUAAACGAUCACUUGGCGUCGUUGUUGGGCAAUGAAUUAGAAGAGAAAUGGAAUUUAGAAAUUAACAAUAAAUAUCGAAAUCCUAGUUUAUUGAGAGCUUUGAUUAAAGUUUUCGGACCUAAAUAUAUGUUCUAUGGAUUUCUGCAAUUUACAAAUGAAAUGAUUAAAAUGUCUCAACCUCUACUUAUUGGUGAACUGUUAGAAUUUUUCAACACUGGUGGUUCCGAAGAAAUUGAUUUAGUACACGCCUGUACUUGCACGUCUGGUCUAGUGUUGAGCAUGUUAAUUACAACAUGUUUACGGCCUUUAUAUAACUUAGAGUACUUACAAUGUGGAAUGAUGAUGCGGGUUGCUAGCCGUUCGACAAUAUAUAGAAAGGCCUUACGUCUCACGGCUCUUGAGGAGAAAACGGCAGGCCAAAUCAUAAAUUUGAUAUCAAAUGAUGUAAAUCGAUUUGAUUCAGGAAUAGUGUAUUAUCACGUAUUAUGGAUUGGUCCCUUGCAAACAAUUUUAGUCACAUAUUUUUUAUGGCAAGAAAUAGGUUUGUGUUCUUUAUUUGGAGUUGCCACGUAUUUAUUAUUCAUACCGUUACAAGGUUUUUUGGGAAAAAAAAUUUCAGAACUUCGAUUGAAAACCGCUAUUAAGACCGACGAGAGAGUGCGCUUAAUGAACGAAAUAAUUUUGGGCAUACGAGUGAUUAAAAUGUAUACAUGGGAAAAACCUUUUGCAAAUCUUAUAAAAUAUGCAAGAAAGAAGGAAAUUCAACAAAUUAGAGGAUCAGCGUAUAUCAGAGCGAUUUUGUUAUCAUUCGUAGUCAUUCAAAUUAGAUUUCAAAUAUUUAUUAGUAUUUUAGCAUAUAUUUUACUAGGACAUUAUAUGAACAUAAAAAAAUUAUUUGUCAUUAUUUCGUUCUACAAUUUACUGAUAAUGACAAUGGGUAAUUUAUUCUGUCAAGCUACGACAAAAAUGGCCGAAUUAUUAGUAUCUAUAAAACGAAUACAAAAUUUUUUAUUACUGGAAGACAAAGAUGGUCAAUUGAAAAAUACUACUAAAAAGGACGUAGGUUUAAAAAAUGGCACGGAAGAUUUAAGUAAUUUUAGCAUAGCCAUUUCAAAAGCAACUGCUAAGUGGAAAAAUAAUCAAUUGAGAAACACUUUAGAAAACAUCGAUCUCACGGUAAAAUCCGGUCAAUUGGUUGCAAUAAUUGGUCCCGUUGGAGCUGGAAAAAGUUCAUUAAUACAAGCCAUAAUACGAGAAUUACCACUAAUCAAAGGACAAAUUUCCGUUAGUGGUGUAAUAUCUUACGCAUCGCAAGAACCAUGGUUAUUUACUGGAUCUAUUCAACAAAAUAUUAUUUUUAAUUCACCAAUGGAUAAAGAUCGUUAUAAACAAGUUGUAAAUGUAUGUGCAUUACAAAGUGAUUUUGAACAAUUUCCUUAUAGUGAUAAAACGAUUGUAGGAGAAAGAGGAAUAAACCUUAGUGGAGGACAAAAGGCUCGAAUUAAUUUAGCUAGAGCUAUAUAUAAAAAAGCAGAUAUUUAUUUAUUGGAUGAUCCUCUAUCUGCUGUUGAUUCAAAAGUUAGUAGGCAUUUGUUUGAAAAAUGUAUUAAAGAUUACCUAAAACAAAAAACUUGUAUCCUCAUUACUCAUCAAAUUCAGUAUCUAGCUAACGUAGAUCAAAUUGUUCUUAUGGAAAACGCUAAUAUAUUAGCUAAAGGUUGUUAUCAAGAAUUAAAAACUUCUGGCUUUAACUUUGUUAAAUUAAUCGGAUCUACAGAAGAUACAAUUGAUGAAUCACAUACUACGGCAACCAAGUCAAAUUCAAAUACGUUUCCUCUUUUAAUAAUACAAGAUUCUAAAAAAAAUUGCAUAUAUGAAAAUCCACGUGAAGAUUUAUCAAAACCUAAUGAAGAAUCAGAGAUUUGUACUACGGGACAUGUAUCGAAGAAUGUCUAUAAAUCAUAUUUCUCUGCCAGCGGGAAUAACCUCAGAGUUUUUCUUUGUUUUUUUCUGUACUUUUUGGUUCAAGUUCUGACUACCGGUGGAGACUAUUGGCUUAGUUAUUGGAUUACUCAGGAAGAAACUUUGUUUUAUAACACAGAUACUUUAUCUACAAAUGAUACUACAAAUGAUAAUCCUAGGAUAAACUAUAUAUCUGAUACUUAUUUACCAUUAAUAAAUAAUCGUCAAAACUGUAUCUUGAUUUACGCAGUAUUAAAAAUCAUGAUGCUAAUAGCAGUUUUAAUCAGUUCCGCUGUAUUUGUAUCAAUGUGCACGAAUUCUUCAGUAAAUUUACACGAUAAAAUGUACAACGCUGUUACUAGAGCUACUAUGGCUUUUUUUAACUCCAAUUCUUCUGGAACGAUUCUGAAUCGCUUUUCUAAAGACAUAGGAGAUAUUGAUGAUGUCUUAUCAUCAGUUUUAUUGGAUUGUAUAAAAAUGAGUAUGUUAUUACUUGGAAUCAUUUUCGUCGUUGGAUUGGCUAAUAUUUACCUUAUGAUUCCAACCUUUUUUAUUGGUUUAAUCUUUUACUAUAUUAGACGUAUUUAUUUGCCAACGGCUCGACGAGUCAAACGAUUGGAAGGAGUUACACGGAGUCCAGUUUUUUCACAUAUGAAUGAAUCUUUACAAGGACUGAUAACCAUACGAGCGUACAAGGCAGAAGAUAUGCUAUUCAGAGAAUUUGAUAAACAUCAAGAUUUACAUUCAUCAGCUUGGUAUUCAUUUAUUUCCACAAAUCAAGCAUUUGGUUUAUGGCUGGACACAGUGUGUUAUUUUUAUAUAUGUAUCGUUAUAUUCAGCUUCUUAAUUAUCGGAAAUGAUAUAAAUGGUGGACUCGUCGGCUUAGCUAUUACACAAUCGAUUCAAUUGGCUUCAAUGGUUCAAUGGACUAUAAAACAAUCAGCUAUAUUGGAAAAUCAAAUGACUUCAGUCGAAAGAAUUCUGGAAUACACAAAUUCACCACAGGAAGUUACUCUUCAACUUCAUACAACUAAAGAACCUCCAAACGAAUGGCCUGUUUCGGGAAAAAUUGUCUUUAAAAAUUUUAAUCUGCGUUAUAAUCCAAAUACCCCAUACAUUUUGAAAAAUCUAAAUAUUCAAAUUGAACCAAUGGAAAAAGUCGGAAUCGUUGGCAGAACCGGUGCAGGAAAAUCAUCCUUUAUUGGAGCGUUGUUUAGAUUGGCUCUAAAUGAGGGUAGUAUUUUCAUCGAUGACAUAGAAAUAAAUGAAAUAGAUCUACACAUUCUUAGAUCUAAAAUUUCUAUUAUACCUCAAGAGCCAAUUUUAUUUUCGGGAACUAUACGAAAAAAUAUAGACCCGUUCGACGAAUUCUCUGAUCACGAUCUUUGGAAAGCUUUAAGCGAAGUCCAGCUUAAAGCUACAGUCGAAAGUUUACCUGGUAGUUUAAAUACCAAAAUGUCUGCAAAUGGUUCUAAUUUCAGUGUCGGCCAAAAACAAUUAGUAUGUUUGGCUAGAGCAAUACUGCAAAAUAAUAAAAUUCUAGUAUUAGAUGAAGCUACUGCCAAUGUCGACCCUCAAACUGAUACUUUAAUCCAGAAUACACUAAGAAAUAAAUUCAGACAUUGCACAGUAUUAACAGUCGCUCAUCGUUUAAAUACUAUUAUGGAAUCCGAUAAAGUAAUCGUUUUGGAUGCAGGAAGAAUAGUUGAAUUCGAUCAUCCAUAUAAUUUGUUAAAUAAUGAAAAUGGUUUUUUAUACACGAUGGUAGAACACACCGGAUCUUCAACAGCUGAAUUAUUACACAGUGUAGCAGCAAAGAAUUUUAAGAAUAUGAAUAUAAAAAAAAAUUUCACACCAAAUGAUCUGACGAAAAAGCUGAUUUAGCUGUUGAUGUCUAAUAAAUCAUAAAUGUAUUGUUCUUUCAUAAAAUGACGUUUUUGAUAAAACUUUUUAUUUGUUUAUGU